AUGCUGCUUCUUCCAUUUCAAUUGUUAACUAUUCUCCUCCCAGGUGCUGACAGUGAGGAUGGCUUCCAGGGACCAAGCUCUUACCAUGUCAUCCAGAUCUCAUCCUUUGUCAACAGCACAUGGGCAAAAAAUGAAGGUUCAGGCUGGUUGGAUGAUUUGCAGAUUCACGGCUGGGACAGUGACUCGGGCACUGCCAUAUUCCUGAAGCCCUGGUCCAAGGGCAACCUCAGUGACGAGGAGGUUACUGAAGUGGAGGAACUAUUCCGAGUCUACUUAUUUGGAUUUAUUCAAGAAAUACAGGCGCGUAUCAAUGAAUUCCAGUUGGAAUACCCCUUUGAGAUCCAGGGCAUAGCAGGCUGUAAGCUACUGCCUGGGGGAUCCGUAACAAGCUUCCUGAGUGGUGGUGUAGGAGGACUGGAUUUCCUGAGCUUUGACAAUAAUACCUGUGUGCCUUCCCCAGAGGGGGGCAGCAGGGCCCAGCAGGCCUGCACACUAAUCAUGGAAUAUCAAGGUAUCAUUGACACUGGGACGAAGCUCCUAUAUGAAACCUGCCCUCGAUACCUCUUGAGUGUCCUCAAUGCAGGGAAGGCAGAGCUGCAAAGGCAAGCAAAGCCCAAGGCCUGGCUGUCCAGUGGCCCCAGUCCCGGGCCUGGCCGUCUGUUGCUGGUCUGCCAUGUCUCAGGAUUCUACCCAAAGCCCGUGUGGGUGAUGUGGAUGCGGGGUGAGCAGGAGCAGCCAGGCACUCAGCACAGCGACCUCCUCCCCAGUGCUGACUGGACAUGGUAUCUCCGAGCAACCCUGGACGUGGCGUCUGGGGAGGCUGCCGGCCUGUCCUGCCAGGUGAAGCAUAGCAGUCUAGAGGGCCGGGACAUCGUCCUCCACUGGGGACCACCCAUCUCUAUUGCUUUAAUCUGUUUGGCAAUUUUAGUGCCCUCCAUCAUCCUUUUGCUAUGUGUUGCACUAUGGCAUAUAAAGCGCAGGUCAUAUCAAGAUAUCCCCUGAGUCCUCAUCAUGUCUUCUCUUCCAUUUGGAAUAAGGACCAA